AUGUCAGCUUCGCACAACGAUAAACAGUACCUACUCUAUUGUAAUACGACAACACAAUUCGAGACACUACUGGAUAAAUCGAACUGGCCAGAAACCAUUUGUAANUUAACAUACGGUCGAAUGUCAGCUUCGCACAACGAUAAACACUGCCUACUCUAUUGUAAUACGACAACACAAUUCGAGACACUACUGGAUAAAUCGAACUGGCCAGAAACCAUUUGUAAUAGUAUGUAUUCAAUUGAUAUUCCUCGAAGAUUUCCAUCUUCAUAUUCGGUAGUGACAUUGAACAUUCCGACGCAAUGGAAUGUUGAAAAUCUUUGUGAGGAGCUCAAACUUAGAUAUAAAACGAUAAUUAAAGGUGAACGUAUGUUUCUAAAAGGUGGACGACCUAUACCGAGAAUACGCAUUUCGUCAAAUAAAGAAUAA